CAAAUAUGGCGGACGACGUUGAGAUUGAGAGACCAAGAAAGCACAAGAGGAUCAAAUCUGGACAGAAGAAAAUAAAAGAUGAUGAGACACCGCUAUCACCUGGCAUCAAAGGUCAGACAAAGGCAAGAUUUGACCAAUUGUUACAACAGGCAGCAAAAGAAGCAAAGAGAGAAGCAUUGGAGAAACCUAGCAGGAGAAAGAAGAAAACCAGAAGCAACACUGGAGAAUCUGUGUUGGAAAGUUUACGGAAUGGAGAAGGUCUAAAAAAGACAUCAGACGAUGCUUCCAUUCUUGCCAACUCAUAUGACCCAGAUGAUGAUCCCAAAAAUACAAAAAGUAAUAAAAGAAGAGAGAAACAAAGAAAAAUAGGCCGAGAAAAUCUUGCAUACGAUGAGGACCCCUUAGACAAACUAGGCAGUCAAGAUGACCUCAAGGCUACUAUCACGCCCACCAAAAAGACCAGAAGAAAACUACCAAAGAUGAAGGACAGUGAAGAAACUGUUGCUGACAGGGAUAUGUCAAUAUCUGAUUUGGUUAGUUCACCGACAAGAUCAACUCCAAGUAAAUCUAAACCAAAGAAAAAAUCACCUAAGAAAAAACAACCAGAUGUGGAUGAUGAGACUCAGGAAAAUGUUACAUCCAGAGUGGAGGAGGAACAUGAACCAUCCACAGAGGAGAAGGUCAAAAAGAGCAAGAAGACAAAGAGGAAGAAAAAGAAAGAAGUGCCUGAUGAGGUUGAAGAAGGUGAUCCAGAGGCUAAUGCUGAGGCUAAUACUGAGGACCAACCAGAUGAACCAGAGCCUCCUCAUGAGCUAGAAGACACUGAUAGAAUACUAGGACUUAUUGUACAUAGAACAGAUAAAUUAAAGACAGAUUUCUUUAUUGCUCAUCCUCUGGUGCGAAUUCACAUUGUUGAUGCUGAUACUGGUGCUUAUUUAGAAAAAUAUACAAAAGGAAGAGCUGUGACAUCCUAUUACGAGGCAAGGAAUGAGAAUGUUAAACACAUACUCCCUGUCAUGACACAGCCCUUUGAUUUUAAGAAGAAAAGAUCUACGAUUCCUGUCUGGGAAGAACUGGUCAUCUUUAAUGAAAACUUUAACUAUUUCCUUGAAGAGAAACCUAGAACUAUAAUAUUUUUUGAAAUUUUAGAUUUUGUUAGUAUGAAUACAGCUAGUCAGAAAUACACAAGUGCCAAAGAACAGGGAGGCUGGCAUAGGAUUGCCUGGGCUUUUCUCAAGUUGUUGGGAACCAACAAGAAGAUCAACACAGAAAAAAAGGUUCGCCUUCAGCUCUUCCAGUCUCCAGUAAGGUUCCGUGCCAGACCAGGCCAGCUUGAUGUCUAUCAAUGGUGGAAGACCCCUGGCUCUCGUAUCAACUACCCCGCCACCCUCUAUGUCACUGCCAAACCGAUUGUACCACCCUCAGAAGUAGAACCUGCCCCCAGGUCUAUGUAUGCCACUCAGGAAGAACGGGGAACCAGGACAUAUAAAGAUUUACAGAAAACCUUAGAUAGGACUAAACGAUUUGAAUCAAGAGCUGAAGGAGUUAUGACAAAAGAUCUGACUAACUGGACCAAGUUGCCAGGACAGGCAUGUAAAGUUCCCAAUAGCCUUGCUUUGAGUCUCCCUGCAGGGAAACGUGGCUGCUUUGUUCUCAAGUUCUCACAUGAUGGAAAGAGUUUGGCAUGUGGCUGCCACGAUAAAGAAGGAUAUCCUAUACUUGUAUAUGAGAUCCCCAGUGGAACCCUGAAAGGGACAUUCCAAGGCCAUUAUGGUAUUGUGUAUGAUUUGUGUUGGUCAAAGAAAGACAAGUAUCUCCUGUCUUGCUCCUCAGAUGGCACUGCAAGAGUAUGGGACAUGUUGGAGGGUAAGAGUGAGGCGGCCAAGUUGUUUCCUCAUCCCGGGUUUGUCUACACUGCCCAGUUCCAUCCCAGGGUCUCUACUAUUGUUGCCACUGGGGGCUAUGAUAGAAUCAUUCGUGUAUGGGACAUCAAGACAGAUGGUUUAAAUCCUAAGCUUUUACAAGAGUUGGAGGGUCACAGAGGUCACAUCAACUCUCUAUGCUUUGAGGAGGAGGGCUCAAAAAUGUACAGUGGUGACAGUGUAGGGACAAUUCUGGUGUGGAAUGUAUAUGUCACAGAUCAGCCGUCUAAGAGAGGAGUCACACGUGAUUGGACGAUGUAUAAGGAGAUCAGCGAUGAGGAGCUCGCUGGCACCAUCAUUAACUAUAUCCAGAUGCAUCAUGGGGGCAGACGUCUCUUGGUACACUCUCGGGAUAACACGAUUCGUAUGAUAGACCUUAGAGUAUUCUCGAUCAUGCAGAGAUACUUUGGUGCCUUAAAUUUCCGUGAGCAAGUUCGUUCAACAAUCACCCCAUGUGGUACCUUUGUAAUGAGUGGUAGUGAGGACUUCACAGCCUGUGUGUGGAAUGCAGAGACAGGUGACCAGGUUGCCAAUUACUCAGAGCUAGGCUACAAACAUGCAGUCUGUGAUGUAGACUACCACCCCCAUGAUCACAUGGUAGCAUUUGCAGCAUUCGGGGAAAACCACCCAAUCAUGGUCUACAACUAUGACCAUAGGGUUGCUCAGAUAGAUGCUGGCAUAGAUACUCAUGCGACAUUAAAGAAUCCUCUUAAGACAACGCCAUUUGGUCAGAACAUUGAGAACACGACUCGUAUAGGAACCAUGAAGACAUCUUUGUUAGAGACAGGGGAGAAGAGUGCCACCUUGCGAGAAGAGCUGUCACUAGAUGAGGCCGCACGCUGGGAUAAAGUUCAGAGGAAACUUGACUCUGUGAUGGCAUUCAAGAAAGGUGCAAAAGUUCAAGCUUCUCCCCGCUCACCCAGGGGUCGAUCCUCUACCUGGGACCCCCAGACUCUUGACCAGGCCCCCAGUUUCCUGAGCACAUGGGGUAACACCUUUGAUGCCUCCUCAUACAUGGGGAAUAUGGCCACCAUGCAUGGCAGAACAUUGAGCCCCUCCCCUGCAGCAUUCUCUCCACAUGCCAAACAGUCUCUUAAUACUACCACUCAACAACAGCAGUUCCUUUCACAGUCUCAGUACUCCAGACAGGGCAGCUGGAGACCUGGCUUCACCUCAUUGGGCAAGACAGGCAAUAUGCAGAGUAGUCCCAGUCCUAAUUAUGGUAGACAACCUACAAUGGCACUUAACACUACACAUGGUAAAGCUCAGUUCCAAUUCCAAGCAGCUGCAGGUCGUGCAGGUGCCAAAGAUAAAUCAUUCGUCACUGCUUUAUAUGACUAUGAUGCCCAGAGAGCUGAUGAAUUGUCUAUACAGAGAAAUGACAUUGUGAAGGUACUCUACAGAGAUAAUGAAAAUUGGUGGAUGGGUGAGCUGGCUGAUGGUCAACAGGGCUACUUCCCUGCUAAUUAUGUCUCAGAGAAAUAUGGUGCUGCUGAAGAGGACGCUGAUGAUGUCGAAGAAUCCAAGACAUCUCCCUCCAAAUCUCAAACCACUGCAGUUGUUACCAAACAAGGAGAGCUAAAGUUUGUGUCUGGAGCCGAAGAUACUCAGGACAGUGAUAUACCUGACACCCCAAAAAAAGCAAGAAGGAAAAAGCGCCGGGGUUCGACAGAAGACUUGUUGGGGAGUGCAGUGAAACCUCAUAGACGUAAACAUCGACCUCGAUAUGAAGAUCAGAACGAUUCGGAGGUCUAACGACAGACUUGCAUGGUUAAAGAAUACAAUAGGCUUCCAUACAUUUGAAUUGACUUUCAUUUGUAUAACAAUACAUUUGUAUGAAUCUAACAGGAGACUUGCGUAGGUGUAUCAAUCCGUUUGCAAAAGUUUAACAACCAAGUUGCAUUAGUCUAAUGAGACUCUCAGAGGAAUAGAGACAGAA